AUGUCGAAAUUGUCGCCCGCUCUUAAGGCCCUCAUCAAUUCCCCGGCGGCACGCCCCUCCAUCGUUCCCGCACCAGCGCACAUUACCUCAGUCUAUCAAGCUAUCCAACAGACUGCCAUCGCUAAGCGCUUGUCGGACCACUCAUGGCUGACAUUGUCGGCCGACCUUCCGGACUCUGUGAGCAGCAAGCUCUCAACUACCCCGACCCGCGCCCCGGUCCCGAACAACAUAACUAGUAUCACUUGUCGUGGAAUCUCGCUAUGGGACUCAAUUUACCACCCAUACGAGCGAAAACUGUACAAUAAACUGGCAGAUUCCCAUCCAGAUCUCCCGGUUCAUAUUUUGAACAGUCACUAUGGCGCCUUACUUUCCGAUCCCGUCCGGUCCACCGGUGCCCAGAUUGGUCGUAUUUUGACUUCGAUCGUUGCUGUCUCAUGCUUGCGUGCGCAAUCAGGAGUCGGGCCACAGGUGACCUCACAUGUGUUUGGCUUACGCAAGGCUCUUGAAGAUGGGACUUGGAGCACCGAUGUUGAGACGGAGGAGGGGGCUCGUUGGCUAGCGAGUGAUGAGGGUAACACCUGGAUCUUGAAUAGUGUAGAUUCAAUCGUGGAGGCGAUCGGAAAUGGCCAUGGAUCGAAUUUUGCGCCUGGGAGCCAAUAA